AUGGAGUCCGGCGAUAUUUGUAGCAUUGUUGCCGUGGAGAUAGCCGAACAGAGUAUAUACUUCGAGCGACUGCUUCGCUACCAUAAAGGCCGUGGGUACAUCCGACUGCCAGAGUUCCUGAAUGCCGGAUUUGCUUCCGUCAUCGAGUAUAUACGCAAGGGCAAGACAAAAUUGACCUCUGAAAAUGUCUAUCAAAUCUUUAUAGCCUCCGACUAUCUACUCGUAAGUAAUCUGAAGCAGGAGUGCUCCGCUUACAUUAAGGAGAUGGCGAAGGAUCCGGCCGUGGCCAUCUCCCUUUGGAUUAGCUGCCGGGGCCUCUAUUGGCCCGAGGUGGGAGAAAUGGCCUAUCAGAAGAUUCUGGAGAACUUCGGUCAAGUCUUCCAGUCGGCCGAGUUCUUGCAGCUGGACUUUGACGACGUGAAGCACAUCCUCGAGGACGACGGACUCAACUGCCUGCGAGAGCGUAUGGUCCUCACGGCCGUCGAGAACUGGGUCCAACAUUCGUCCAGUCUCCGCCUGCCCUUUGCAUUCGACCUGCUCACCACCCUUCGGCUCGGUCUCAUGCCACAGGCCGAGAUUGACCAGAUCAGCUCGUCCGACUUUGUCAAGCUGGUACCGGAGUUUGCUCAGCUCCUCUUUGAAUGGCCACGAUGCCUCUUCCAGCCGGACAGUGAGCCCCUCCUCAGCGAGCCCCAGCGUCAACGGCUCACCACGCCCCGAUUGCCACAUGAGGUGAGCCAAACCAGAUAG